AUGUCGCGGCGGCCGGCAGCCGGCGCGACGAUGCUCGGCCUCCGCUUCGCCCUCGCGCUCGCGUUCGCGCUCCAGACGCGGGCGCAGGACUCGGUCAAGCCCUGCCCGCCGCCGUCCCCGACGCUGGCCUCCCGCGGCGGCGAGGGCACCUUCACGGUCACGUUCCAGAACGACAUCGACGAAGAAAUCAGCCUCUUCUGGAUCGACUCGCACGGCAAAGAAGUCCCGCAGGGCACGAUCCUGCCCCUGGCGGAGACGACGCGCGAGUCGUACGGCGGCCACGCGUUUCGCGUGCGCCAGAUGGGCGGCGCGCGCGAGACGCUCGUGGAGACGGUCAUGGAGGGCGCCAAGCGCAAGAUCAAGAUCCGCGUGGGCGCGUGCGGCGCGCUGGCCGCGAUCCAGGCCCUGCCGCCCGCGAGCCCGCGCGCCGCGGAGUUCGAGGCGCUGCUCCACGACCUCGGCCGACCGUGCUCCGGCCCGAGCCGGGACUGGAGCUGCGUCCGCUACCUCCACGCCGAUGAUCUGCGGACCCGGGACCCGGAGGCCUACGGCAUCCAGCCCAACGAGACGCACGCCCGGCGCUGGUACACGACCGUCGACCACACGUACGUCGACCAGAUCAACCGCAUCCCCAAGGUCACGGCCGGCCCGGGCUACGCGAAGAUGUCCUUCACGCAGCCCAUGCACGACGCCUUGACGGAGUGGUCAACCUCGACCACUUCCCGGAGACGCACGGCGCCGUGCUCCGCGAGAUGCGCGAGAUCCUCCAGUGGUGGACGGGGCUCCGCCUCAAGCACACGUCGACCUUCGGCGUCCGCGUCUACCGCCGCGGCAGCUCGCUCAUCGACCACGUCGACCGCAUGGACACGCACCUCGCGUCGGCGGUGA